AUGAUAUUGGAUAAAUAUCUUCUUGUAUUCGUCAUUUGUUUUCUUUAUUUCUUCCCUUUUUUUUAUUUAUUUCCUUCGUAUUUUCCUUUGUCUCCAUUUUUCCUUCUUCAUUCUUUUUAUUUGCUCUUUAUUUUUUUAUUUUCCUUUUUCAUUCUAUUUUUCUACCCUACUGUUAUAUUUUUAUUUCAGUUUCCUCAUUUUUGUUUUUCUCUUCUCAUUCACUUUCUUCUGCUUGUCUCCCUUAUUUUUCUCGCUCUUUUUUUUUUUUUUUACAUUUUAUUUCUUCCUCUUGUAUUCAUUCUCUCUCUUUAUUUCCUUUCUUCAGUUACAACUUCUUCUUCUUCUUCUUCUUCUUCUUCUUCUUCUUCUUCUUCUUCUUCCCAUUAUUAUUAUUAUUAUUAUUAUCCCCCCCCAUCCUAUCUAUAUUUUCAUUUUCUUUUUACUGUCUCCGUCAUUUUUUUUAUUAUUUUCAUUUUCCUUGUUGUUCUGAUUUUUCUUUUCUUGUUGUUCUUUUCUUCUUCUUUUUUCCUAUUCUUCUUGCUUUUCCCUUCUUUCCUCUUUUCUUUUUUUUUACUCCCCAUUCUUAAUAUUUUUUCUUCAUUUUAA